GGGCGAUAUUAUGAGCAAUUCUAGCUCAGAUUUUGUAAACAAAGAACGAAAUCUAAUCAUACAAGAAAAGCUUCAGGGUCACAAAAUCAAUGGUAUUGGACUUCUCUCAUUAUCAUUAGAAGAAAUUUUAUAUGUCGAAGUUGCUGGCGGAUUAUUUAACAAUGAUCAAACUAAAAAAUAUAAAGACAAAUUUAAACUAUCGAAAACUCUAAAGACUGGAUUAAAUCUUAUUAAGUAUUUAAGGGGAAGAAAUAAAAAAAUUCCUGAGAACUUAUUUAUAUUUGGUAUAAGAGUUUUUGCAAAUAAUGUAAGUUUGAUCAAAAUGCAUUACGAAAAAGGAGUAUAUUUUGAAAGUACAAUUGGAGAAUGCGUGAUUCCUCAUGAAAUAGAAGAUAUAUAUCAACUUAUCCGCACAUUAAGAAUUUGUUGGGCUUUUGCAGAUGAGAUUAAAGACACCGCAAAUUCUAUUAAAAAUUGUUUGAAUGCAAAUAAUUUGGAUUCAAGUGACGAUGACAUGUGCAUGACCGAGACAAUUCCGAUACCAAGAAGAGAAAAGUUCUCAAAGACAAGCAACAAGAAUGAAU